GCUAUUAGCUACACAUACACACACAAUUUAAUAUUCUAUAAAUAUCAACACCACCUUCUCACAAACUCAACUACUAUCUACACCACCAUCACCAUUCACCACCUCCAAGCAUGGCUUCCUCUACUCUUUCAACUCCUUCUCCUAAUCUCCUCAAACACCAAAACAGACCCUCUUCCACCACCUCAUCACGACGUUCCUCCACCUUUCUUCCACCUAUAAGAUCCUCAGUUUCAGAAAAACCACCCUUCCAAGUCUCCAUCUCUCAACCACAAACAACCAAACUUCCGAUCCGUAAAAUCCCUGGUGACUAUGGCAUCCCAUUCAUCCAACCAUACAAAGACCGUUUAGACUAUUUCUACAACCAAGGUCGUGAUGAAUACUUCAAAUCACGUAUCCAAAAAUACCAGUCAACUAUCUUCCGCACUAACGUUCCACCUGGUCCUUUCAUAGCUCAAAACCCUAACGUUGUUGUCCUCCUUGAUGGCAAAAGCUUCCCCGUCCUCUUCGACGCAUCGAAGAUCGAUAAAACCGAUGUAUUCACAGGUACAUACACACCUUCUACAGAACUCACUGGUGGUUAUAGAGUUUUAUCUUACCUUGAUCCUUCUGAACCAAAACAUGAACAGCUCAAGAAGUUGAUGUUUUUUCUCCUUAAAUCACGUAGCCGUCAUGUUAUUCCAGAGUUUCAGUCAUGUUACAGAGAGUUUUUUAAUGCUUUGGAAAAUCAACUUGCUGAAAAUGGUCACGCUAGUUUUGCUGAUAAUAAUGAUCAAGCUGCAUUUAAUUUCUUGAACCGUGCUUUGUUCGGUGUUAACCCUGUGGACACCGAACUUGGACUUGACGGUCCAAAAAUGGUUCAGAAAUGGGUUUUGUUUCAGUUAGGUCCAGUUUUGAAACUGGGCCUACCGAAAUUUGUGGAAGAUUCUAUGAUACAUAAUUUUCGUCUACCAUUUCGGCUCAUUAAGAAAGAUUACCAAAGACUUUAUGAUUUCUUUUAUGCUUCCUCGGGAUUUGCUCUUGAGGAAGCAGAGCGUUUGGAUGUUUCAAAAGAGGAGGCUUGUCAUAAUCUAUUAUUCGCAACAUGUUUUAAUUCGUUUGGCGGGAUGAAGCUGUUUUUCCCUAAUUUGAUGAAAUGGAUCGGGCGCGGUGGAGUGAGGUUGCAUACAAAAUUAGCAACGGAAAUUAGAGAGGCAGUAAGAUCUGCUGGCGGGGAAAUUACUAUGGCGGCCAUGGAGAAUAUGCCGUUGAUGAAAUCGGUGGUAUACGAAGCUUUUCGUAUUGAUCCACCGGUUCCAUUACAAUUUGGAAGAGCAAAAAGGGAUAUGGUGAUUGAAAAUCAUGAGAAUGGUUUUUUAGUUAAGAAAGGUGAAUUGUUGUUAGGAUAUCAACCUUUUGCUACUAAAGAUCCUAAGAUUUUUGAAAGAGCUGAGGAAUUUGUUGCAGAUAGAUUUGUUGGUGAUGAAGGUGAGAAAUUGUUGAAACAUGUGCUUUGGUCUAAUGGACCAGAAUCUCAAUCUCCAACUGUUGGGAAUAAACAAUGUGCUGGUAAAGAUUUCACCACAUUGAUUUCAAGACUUUUGGUUGUUGAACUUUUUCUUAGGUAUGAUUCCUUUGAGAUUCAAGUUGGAAAUUCACCUUUAGGUCCUUCUAUUACCCUCACUUCUCUAAAGAGAUCAAGCUUCUAAUUUUUUAACAACUUUUUGAUUUUUUUUAGUGAGUAGUUAUAAGAUGAUUGUUAUUGUAAUGUUGUAAACUAGUAUGUCUUGAUUUCAUUUAAUGUUGAUAUUUAAGUGUAGUUUUUUGGAUGGAUACUAGAUAUUGUUGUACUUGUACACGUGGAUUGGAUCUUUAAUUAGUAGUUGUUGGUGGGUGAUCAAUCAUGCACUAUAGCAGUAAUGGUGGCCUUGAUAAAGGAAUGUACUCCACUCCAUUAAGGAUUGUCUAAAUGUAUGAGGCUUGAAAUUGAAACAAAUUGUACUAUAUGGAGUUAGAUUUUUUAUCAAUAAAAUGAUAGUAAUUUAUGAUGGGAAA